CUACCGUCUUAUGCCAACUUCUACAUAAAGCGGCCUGUUCUAUUUACCCGAUAAGAGGCCAAGAGAUUAAAGAUCACAAAAAAUAUGGGACUGAGUACCUUAGACAUGACAUGAUCUUCCUACCAAUAAACCAGAAUCGUAGCCAUUGGUACCUUGCGGUUAUCAACACAAAGAAACAAGAGAUUCAUGUGCUUGACUCCCUCGGAAUACAGCUUCAAGAACGUGAGGAACUGAAGUAUACGUUGAAACAAAUUGAGCAAUGCCUGGAGCUUGCGAGCAUUGAAUUUCAAUCCAGUAGCUGGCCGGAUUACAAAGUUGCGUCUUGGAAGGUCACACAAGUAGAAGAGAUACCAAAGCAAACAGACAUGUCAUCAUGUGGACUUUUCAUGAUCAAGUACCUCGAGCACUGGACAGGAGAAAAGUUAAACGAACAAUUUACACAGGUAUCCCUAGCUCCACUGUUUUCCCUUUUCCAGUAACUCAAUGGAAUAUACACCCUUUCAAUUCGUUUUUCUCCUAUACACAGGCCGACAUAGACCACUUUAGGCUUAAAUUAGCAUCUGAAUUGAUGAGCAGUCCACUCAAUAAGGCUGGCAAGUAGAAAACUUCCAGGCAAAUGGCUUGCAACGAAAAGGGCUAGCAGCGAAGAGGCCACCCAGGAAUAGACUGCUCUGCAGUAGCACUGCUGAAUUAGAAUAACUGUAGCCAAUAAAGUAUGUCUAGCAUCAUGGAUUUCAAGGCAGAGCAAGGCUGCUCUCCGAUAUUAUCCUAAUGAUCAUUAUGGUGGCUAUUUUGGUAUCUUCUUGAUGUUUCAUCAGAAGCAUAAAAUUUGUAGUAAUACUUGCUGUAUUUAUCCAUAUUCUUUUUUGAAAGUGUUUACUGUAUAGGUGGUCUCAUGUAUUGCCACAUCAU